UCCUUUAAAUAUAACCCCUCCACCUCUCGCGUCCUUCAGGCUUUAACAUCCCUUGUUCGUUUAUCACUCUUCACCUCCUCUUUCUUGCACUCUCUUACCUGUAAACGUUCGAACUGAAAAGAAGACAGAUACCCAAUUCCUCGAAUUCAAAUUUUUGGGCCUUUUGUUUCGUCUUAGCCCAUAAUUUUGAUUCUCUUUUCUCUGAGUUUAUUUACUAGGCUCUGCAGCUAAACUCUUAUGGAAUUUUAGCGCUUAUACCUUGUGUUUGGUAGCCCUGCUCAAGAUUGUUCGUCUCAUAGCGCAAAAAGAAAACAAUAGGAAAGGGAAGUUGGAAGGUUUCUCCUUCUUCGUGUAAUCUUGAGCAGAGCAGCUACUUUCAUGUCCGUAGCUUCUGAUUGCGCGUGCCCUACAGGCUGCAGCUUCAUCCCCUUCUUACUUGUUCUUCUUCUUGCCAAUUUGUCAAAUUCUGCUUCUUUCACAUCUCAACGUGUCUGAGUAUUCUCCUUCAUUCGUAACAUGAAUUAAGCAUUUUUAACAGUUUAUCGGCGAUCCUCCCUGCUCCUGAUAGGUAGCGCUGAAAAAUUCGAAACGGUUUAGCAAUGGAGAAGGUGGGAGAAUGGGAUAAAAAUGGUUUGCUCAAUGAGCUGAUGCAAGGGAGGGAGAUAGCGAGGCAGCUCCACAUCCUACUGGACCCAUCUUCCUCGGCGGAGAAGCGCCAGUUUUUAGUACAAAAGGCACAAUCUUGUUUUGAGAGAGCACUGGCGAUAUUGAAAUGGAAUGGGGUGGUGGAGACAAAGCCCCAGUCAGUGGGAAUUGUGGCCGCCAUGUCCGACUCCCCGCGCUCUGACAGCGGAAGUCACAGGAGCAAUGAUUCGGACCAGGAGCGCAGAGACAUGAGUAAGAAGAGAAAGAUGGAACCCCGAUGGACGGAACAGGUACGCGUUUGUUCAGGAACAAGACUCGAAGGGCCUGUAGACGAUGGUUAUAGCUGGAGGAAGUAUGGACAGAAAGACAUCCUUGGAGCUAAACAUCCAAGAGGCUAUUACCGGUGCGCUUACCGUAACCUCCAAGGCUGUUUGGCCAUAAAGCAAGUUCAGAGAUCAGAUGAAGACCCAUCUGUCUUCCACAUCACCUACAGAGGAAAGCACACUUGUAACCAGGCAUCCCAUCUAGUUCCAGCCUCGGCAUCUUCAGAGAAACCAGAGCCAAAACAGAAUCAACAACAUCAUCUUCAUCAACCCCAACAACAACAACCUAACCCACAAAAUCAUUCACAGGGAAUCCUCAACUUUCGGACGGGACUCAAGGUCCAAACCGAGGACCUGGACAAUGGGGAGUUGAUAUCUUCUUCCUUUUCCUUCCCUUCGGAAACCAUUGGAUUUGGAUUCGCAACAACUGAAGACCACAUCUUCUCGCCUUCGACACUCGACAACAACUUCGUCGGCAGCUUUUCCCCUCCUUUCAUAUCCCCAACAACAUCUGAAUCCAACUACUUCCCCGUGUCUCCCUUCCGAGUGAACGGCCUCGGAGGGGGACAUAACUUUCAUACUUCGGAAUCUGAUCUCACUCGAUUAAUCUCCGCUGCCACUUCCACAACUAGUUCUCCAAUCAUGGACUUAGAUUUCUCACUUGAUCCUGCGGAUUUCGACACUAAUUUCCCACUUGACUCUCCAGGCUUUUUCUAUUAACAGUUAACACCACUAAGUAACAGCAACAGGAAUUUUGCUUAUUAGCAUUUGUAACAAAAAGUCAUUUUCAUUUUUCCUCCACCCUUUGCUCUAAUUGCAAUUGUGGUUUUUCUUUCUUUCCUACCUUUUCUUGGUUUUGUUGAAAGAGUGUACGCAACCUGUGGAUCAUGGAAAAAAAAAAAACAGUUGAAUAA